AGGUCCAAGAGCCACAAGCGCACCAAACCAAACCAACAGAUCUAUACAUAGUUGCUGUGUUCCAAAUUUCAUUGUCAAUACUGAACAUCUACAAUAAACGUCACGUAAACUUAUAAACUUCGCAAAGAAAAGAUGAGACCACCAAUAGUGAGAAAACAACAAGCAGCAAAGCUGGAAAAAUUGGUAUCCAAAUUGAGAUACAAUAUCAAACCACCUCGGAAGUUAAAAAAUCCAGAAGGUCCAGUAGGUCGUAUUCGGAAAAUUCAGAAAACUCUGACAGCGUUGAUUAAAUACGAACGACUUGAGUUAAAUUACGGAAAAGCUGACGAAACCAGAGGAUAUGUUGAUCAGUUGAUUUUUGAAGCAAUUCGCCAUGGACCUACACACAAAGAGACAAUGGAUAUGGCCAACUUUUGGAUACUAGAAAAACAAUAUGUACAUAAACUGUUCAAAGUUCUUGUACCAAGAUAUCAAAAUUAUAGUACUUCUUUCACCAGACUUUUGAAGGCGCCAAAUCUGUAUCCCAUGGGUCAUUAUCAAUUUGAAAGGUCAAUUUUAGAACUCAAAGGUAACGUUUAUCCGAGUUUAUGCCUAAGUAAUCCAUAUAAACACAAUUUACUUCACAACGUGCUACUUGCUGCAGCAAUGAAAGAAUACCGAAUAGAAAAAUAUAAAGAAAUUGCAGAUAAUAUAAAGCAGUAAAUAAAAAAAAAGUAGCAGAUAA